CAUUAACUAUCGAUGUGGUAUUUGGGUAUUGCAAAGUGCGGUCACAUUUACUACGACACCGCGAUUCAAUAGGAAAAAUUUGCAAUCUUUUUUUUAUAAACGCACAAAAUGGAGCCUUAUGAUGUCGUAGUCAAUCAGCCUGUGGUCAUAGAUAACGGCUCCGGUGUGAUCAAAGCUGGCUUUGCUGGCGAGCACAUUCCAAAGUGCAGGUUUCCCAAUUACAUUGGCAGACCAAAGCAUGUUCGGGUAAUGGCAGGCGCCUUGGAGGGCGACAUUUUUGUUGGUCCCAAGGCGGAAGAGCAUCGCGGAUUGCUUAGCAUACGCUAUCCUAUGGAGCACGGCAUUGUGACGGACUGGAACGAUAUGGAGCGGAUAUGGAGCUAUAUCUACAGUAAAGAACAAUUGGCCACUUUCACGGAAGAUCAUCCGGUGCUGCUCACUGAGGCGCCUCUGAAUCCACGUCGCAAUCGCGAAAAGGCUGCUGAAUUCUUCUUUGAGGGCAUCAAUGCACCAGCGCUCUUUGUCUCAAUGCAGGCGGUGCUCAGUCUUUACGCCACUGGUCGCGUUACAGGCGUUGUGCUGGACUCUGGCGAUGGUGUGACACAUGCUGUGCCCAUCUAUGAGGGAUUCGCCAUGCCACACAGUAUUAUGCGUGUGGAUAUCGCCGGUCGGGACGUGACACGAUACCUGAAAACACUCAUACGCCGCGAGGGCUUCAAUUUCCGUUCAACUGCUGAAUUUGAGAUUGUGCGCUCGAUCAAGGAGAAGGUCUGCUAUUUGGCCACAAAUCCGCAGAAAGAAGAGGCUGUGGAAACGGAAAAGUUCCAAUACAAACUGCCCGAUGGCAAGACAUUCGAAAUUGGACAGGCUCGUUUCCGUGCACCCGAAGUGCUUUUCCGGCCCGAUCUGUUGGGCGAGGAGUGCGAGGGCAUACACGAUGUGCUGAUGUACUCCAUUGAGAAGUCUGAUAUGGAUCUCAGAAAAAUGCUUUAUCAGAACAUUGUGCUGUCGGGUGGCUCAACGCUUUUCAAGGGAUUCGGUGAUCGUUUGCUCUCCGAGCUGCGCAAACACUCAGCAAAGGAUCUUAAAAUUAGGAUUGCUGCGCCACAGGAACGCUUAUACUCCACAUGGAUGGGUGGUUCGAUUCUGGCAUCGCUGGACACCUUUAAAAAGAUGUGGGUAUCGAAGCGAGAGUUCGAGGAGGAAGGCCUUCGUGCCGUGCAUAGAAAGACUUUUUAGUUAUGUUUAUCGUAAACGUAAACGCAAUUGUGUAAAAGGCUUAAUUAAACAAAAAACAAACUGUGUAUCCAAAUCCAUGUGUCAGCUCUAA